UAAAUAAAGUGUACGUAAGUAGCUGUAUAUUGUCUUGUAUAGCUAUAUGUCAUUCAAUUCAUAUCGAUCUAAUUUGGCCUGACUAUUCUCAAAGCUAUGGACAAUUACUCUAUUUAAAAGGGGGAUUAAUAACUAAGCUGAUGAGUAACUAAAAAGGUAGAAAAAAAAAAAAAAUGGAAUGCGAGAUGAUUUCAAUGGAGAAAAUAAAGCCGGCUUCAGCAACACCUCAUCACCUUAGAAUCUACAAGAUCUCCCUGCUCGAUCAGUUGGUGCUUCAUGCCUACGCCUCAGUAAUUUUAUUCUUCUCCGGCAGCAGCGGCGGCAGCAGCCUACAGCAUCUAAAGGAUUCACUUUCUCAAACUCUGGCCACCUUUUAUCCGUUGGCCGGAGUCGUGAGAGACGCCUUGUCUGUAGACUGCAACGACCAAGGCCUUGUAUUCUAUGUGGCGAAGGUGAAAGGCGAAAUCAGAGACUUUCUUCAAAACCCUAAUAUUGAGUUGAUGAACAAAUUCCUUCCCGGUGGAUGCAACCCAGAGAAACCGCCGUGUCCCGGCGAUAACGUGAUGGUGAUUCGGUUGAACUGCUUCGAUUGCGGCGGCAUCGCCAUGUCUAUCAUGUUCGAUCAUUGCGUUGCAGACUUAAAUUCAAUCUCCACAUUUCUCCGAUGUUGGGCAGCCAAUGCAAGAGGGUGCGAUCAAGUUUCCACCUUGAACUGCAUCGCGCAAUCUUCGUUCCCACAGAAGCCAUCACUGCCGAGGAACUUAGUCCCAGUCUACAAUUUGAUGAAAUACUGGAGCGUUGGGAAGUUCGUGAUGAGAAGAUACGUUUUCAACGCCUCGGCUCUAUCCAUUCUCAAGGCGGAGCUGAGUAGCGGCGGUGCCACCCCAUCGCGCGUGGACGUGGUGACCGCCGUGAUAUGGAAAUCCUUCAUGGCUGCGGCAGCUGCUGAUUCCGCCGGGAAACCCUUCCUGAUGAGUCACGCGGUCAACCUGCGGAGACGGGCAGCGCCGCCUUUCCCGGACGACAGUUUCGGCAAUUUCUUGUGGGUGGCGACGGCCGUGUGCAGCAACCCUGAGGAGGAGUUGAAAGAGUUGGUGUGGGAGGGGAAGAAGGAGAUAAGAAAGAUCGAUGGGGAGUUUGUGAGACGAGUGGAGGGUGGAUGUUUGGAGAAAUGGAGGAAUGAGAUGCCGGAAGAAGGUAAGUGGAUAUGUUUCACGAGCUGGGCGAAUAUGGGUGUGUACGAGGUGGAUUUGGGGUGGGGGAAGCCAGUGUGGGUGUCCAGAAAUGUGUGGGAUGAGUCCCACAAGGAAACUAUGUUUCCUAAUGAAAUGGUGACUUUGAUUGACACCAGAGAUGGACGUGGAAUAGAAGCGUGGAUCAUUCUUAAUCACAAAUAUGUUGCGGCUUUCGAGAAGAAUGACGAAAUUGUUAAGUAUGCUCAAGUUAAUCCCGCUGCGCUUUGACUCCACCACCUACCCUGCACUUUCUACAAUAUCUAUAUGUUGUUUUUUCUCCAAUAACUUCCCUUUAAUUUCGUUAGGAAGCAUCUACUUUGUAAAAUUAAUAUCUUAUUUACUUUGACAAAUAAAUUGAAAUAUUUAAAUACCUUUGAUUA